GCCGAAAUAUCGGCAAGUAUGAGCACGACAGCUAAGGACCUGCCUCGCGGCUGGAAGGAGGUGGAGAGCAAGAGCCGCCCUGGAAAGGUGUAUUUCUUGCACGUCAAGAGUGGCGAAAAGACCUGGAAACUCUCGCACGUGCACGCCAAAGAGCGCGAGUUCCGGCGCGCUGCGUCUGACACGAAAAAACGCCGUUCGGCCGAUGGCUCCUCUGGUCCUGAGAGCGUCCAGGCGCUGCAUAUUCUGGUGAAGCAUUCAGGAUCCAGAAGACCAUCCUCAUGGCGACAGGAGACCAUCACUCGCAGUAAAGCAGUGGCGGAGGCGAAGGCAGGCGGCAUCCGCGAAAAAUUACUGGCAUGCGUGGAAUCCAAUCCCGAUAGAUCAUCCGAGGCGCUACGCGAGCUUUUUGAGGAAAUUGCCAAGGAAGAAAGUGACUGUAGCAGGUUCGUGUCUUGA